UCGCGCAGCUGAGAGUGAGUGAGUGAACAGGGACAUGAUAUCGACUGUCAGUGCUGCUCUUCCCCGCACACAACAUGGGCUCCACCGCCCAUACCGCCAAAAGCAGAGCUCCAGCUCCACUGCAAUUCCCCGGACUCGGUUCUGUGUCGUGGAUCGCGUGUAUUGUUGAGCUAUUUGAGGUGUAAAAUGCGGGUGAUGGUGCUGUGGACUCAGGACAAGAUGGCAGCAGUAUGAGACACACACAUCUACAUGCUGUGAGUUCAGUUGAAAUGUGUAAAAUGAUCGGAGAAGACCUGGAUUAUAUCUACUGUUAGUCCGUGUGAAAGGUAUGGCCUCACAAGUCUUGGUCUACCCACCACAUGUUUUCCAAACUCAUACAAGUGCCUUUUGUAGUGUGAAGAAACUCAAAGUUGAGCCCAGUAACUGUGUUUACCAUGAGAGGGCCUACCCACAGACUUACUUGAAUGGUAGAACCUUUGGCAUUGCUUACCCGUCAAAACUCACCGCUUUGUUUAAGACACAAGAUUCUGUGAUUGGCAGACACCCCGGGCAGGAGUUUCCAUUGCAAACGGCUGCUGUGCGCGGUGUGCGACGUCAGCAUACCACCAAAUCGGUGAAGCCACAAAAAGGGGCCAUCUCCUCUCAGGACAAGGAGUCGGAGCACCAGGAAAAAGGAAGGGGUUGCAGCAGUGGAGCUACAGGGGCAGCUGGAAGGGGUAGGGGAGAGGGAAGCGGCAUUAAAGAAGGAGUUGGAGGACAGGGUGAAGGUGGUGGAGGAGAGGACGAGGGUGACCGGGAAGACUGUGGAGGUUUUAACUUGCAAGACAGCUCCCACAGAUGCGGGCUGAAACGUAAGAGUGGGGAGCUGGAGAACUUGGGGAGCGCCAUGCAGAUUUUAGAGGACCUGUCAAUGUUACCUGCAAUGUUGCAAUCAAAUGUGGGAAACCCACCAGUUGCGGUGCCAGCGGCAGUUGGUGGAGGGCCUGCAAAGCAAGGUGGAAAUUCCGGAAACGGGGAUGGAGACUACCAGUUGGUGCAGCAUGAGUUGCUUUGCUCUUUGAAGAACACCUACGAGGUAUUAGACUUCCUCGGCCGUGGUACUUUCGGCCAGGUAGUGAAAUGCUGGAAACGAGGCACCAGUGAGAUUGUGGCGGUGAAGAUCCUGAAGAACCAUCCAUCGUAUGCACGACAGGGCCAGAUUGAAGUAGGCAUCCUGGCACGCCUCAGCAGCGAGAAUGCGGAUGAGCAUAAUCUAGUGCGAGCUUUCGAGUGUUUCCAGCACCGCAGCCACACCUGUCUUGUGUUUGAGAUGCUGGAGCAGAACCUGUAUGAUUUCCUCAAGCAAAACAAAUUCAGCCCGCUUCCUCUGAAGGUGAUCCGUACCAUUCUUCAGCAGGUGGCCACAGCGCUAAAAAAGUUGAAGGCCAUGGGACUGAUCCACGCGGACUUGAAGCCUGAGAACAUCAUGCUGGUGGACCCUGUACGGCAGCCCUACCGGGUGAAAGUCAUAGACUUUGGCUCAGCUAGUCACGUCUCCAAAGCAGUCUGCUCGACGUACCUCCAGUCGCGGUACUACAGGGCUCCAGAGAUCAUUCUUGGCCUGCCCUUUUGUGAAGCCAUAGACAUGUGGUCGCUGGGAUGUGUGAUUGCUGAGCUCUUCUUGGGCUGGCCUCUCUAUCCAGGAGCCCUCGAGUUUGACCAGAUCCGCUACAUUUCUCAGACGCAGGGUCUGCCAGGAGAGCAUCUGUUAAAUGUGGGGACGAAGACAUCUCGCUUCUUUAGCCGGGAGUCGGACUCACCGUAUGCGGCCUGGAGACUUAAAUCCACAGAAGAGCACGAGACCGAGACGGGGCUCAAAUCAAAAGAAGCCAGAAAGUACAUCUUCAGCUGUUUGGAUGACAUGGCGCAUGUGCGUGUCUUUGGAUCAAGAACACAAGUGAAUCUAGUGAUGAAUCUGGAAGGCUGUGAUUUGUUGGCAGAGAAGGUUGAUCGUGCAGAGUUUGUGGGUUUGCUGAAGAAGAUGUUGUUCAUAGAUGCAGAGGAAAGAAUCGCCCCGAAUGAUGCCCUUAGCCAUCCUUUUGUUACCAUGCAGCACCUGCUAGACUUCCCCCACAGCAACCAUGUCAAAUCGUGUUUUCACAUUAUGGACGUGUGCUGCUCACGACCAGGCAGUUAUGAGUCUCUCAGUCGGACCAAGCCUUCGUUUGUCAGGACUGUCCCGAGCACUGGUGCAGCACCCAACAUUACCCUGCCCUUCUGCAAGGUGACCGGCAUUCACACUCAGGUUUUAGCCUCAUCCGCCCCUUCAUUGAUGCAUGCUGGGAUACCUCUCCAGACAGGAAGUGCUCAGUUUGGUGACACUUUCCAGCAGGCGCUUAUUCUCUGUCCCCCAACCUUGCAAGGUCUCCCACCCAACCCAAAAAAGCCAGCAGGAUACUCAAUACCAUUGGUGACACAAGCUUCUGCCAUACAGCCUCUACAGAUCAGACCAGCGGUCAUUACACAGCAAGCGUGGUCAAAUGGUGCCCAGCAGAUCCUGGUGCCCACCUGGCCUCAGGUGGGCCCUGUGGCGCCUUCAGCAACAACUAUGGCCUCAGAAACAGUGGCAGGUCCACAGAGACUAGCGGAUUGGGGAAAAGUUCAUUCCCUUGGCAACCAUUACAGCUCCAUGAUACCCCACCACCAGCCGCUGUUAACCAACCCAAUGGCCAUGUCAGCUCACCAGCCUAUCAGCAUAGGGAUCGCUCAUGUGGUGUGGCCACAGCCAGCUGCUAACAAGAGAAAUAAACCAUCUUCAAACAGAAGUAACAACUUCAUGCACAGCACCAAUUCCCAAAACUCAUCAUGCCAGUCCCCAAAGAUGGUAGACCGUGCCAAAAACACAGAGGAGACGGCAGCGGAUUGUGUAGUGGAGGCGGAAUCUGAGGUGGUGCCAGAGGAUGAGCCUGUGUGCUGUAAAGCAGAACCAGAGUACGAGGACUCAACCGUGUCUCAGAAGCAGAGACAGACCAUUGUGAUCGCUGACUCUCCGAGCCCUGCAGGCAGCGUCAUCAGUAUCAGCAGUGGAACAGAUGAGGAGGGGCCAGACACUCAGAAACAUUCACUAGAAUGUAAGGGUAGUCCGGAGUGUGAGGCCUGUCAGAGCACACUGAAUAUGGAGCGUGUGUGUUCCCUGAGCAGUCCCGAUUCAACCCUUAGCACCAGUUCAUCUGCUUCAGAACAGUCAAGCGCCUCCCCCUGCAAGAGACCCAACAGUAUGUCAGAUGAUGAGUGUGAGAGCGGAUGUGAUACGGUAGAUGGCUCGCCAGCAUCGGUGUCCUCCAGUCGAGCUGACAGCCCCUUCCUGGAGGCCACCUAUAUUAAUGGCAACAACCAGAACUGCAAAGCCAAUGGAACUACAGAGGCUGAGUCUACCAAACUGCCCGUCCGCACCAUGGUGGUGCCGCCCAUGCGGGUUCAGAAUAAUGAGCCGAUGGGUCGCACAGAGCCAUCAUGCCCACCCAAAGGCCGCAGUAGUUACAACAGACAGCCGCCCUACUCAACGUUAUUGGUGAAUCGCCAACAGAAGACAGCACAGGCUUUCCCGCCCCUGCAGCCCUCUCAACAGCAGCUCCCCUUUGGACAGGUCCAGCAUUAUGGCUCGUCCCACCAGGAGUGGAACGGCAACUACAGCCACCGCCGGCCUCAAGCGUUCAUCCCACCUACUGUUCAUGGCCACACCUUCACGCUGCCUCACGGAAGUCCCACCCACACAGCCCACCCUCCUCAAUCGCACUUGGGCAUCCACCCUCACACCCAGCCGACUUUACUGUCCUACCCCCCUUCAGGCCCCCUGGUGACAAAUGCCCCAAUGGCCCACCUCUUGGCUUCACCUGGGACCACAAGGAAUCACGUCUUUCAGCCGGCUUAUGGCCUCACUCAUCCGGCGGGACACCUUGUGCACCAGGUCACUGUGGGGCUCAACCGCCUCUUGCCCUCUCCAACCCUCCACCCUCAAGGCCAAUUCAAGCCUCUGUUCCCCCCACACUCCUUCAUCGCAUCGCCUGCAUACGCAGGCUUCCCCCUCAGUCCCACCAAACUACACCAGUACCCGUAUGUCUGAGACUCGCUCCGCAACCCUCUGGAGGGCCACCAACACGGACACGUAACGCCAGGCUCACUGUAGAAACCACAAACCACCUGGUUCCCGCACCCAAAGCCAUGGCACAAGAGAGAAAGGAAGCAGUUUCUCUGAAUCACGUAGACUUGAUCGAGUGCAAUUAAAAAGAGCUUUAAAAGAGGAAACAUUUGGAAAGUCUUUAGCAAGUAGGUAAAGAAAGCGCACUGUUGAGAAGCAAGCGAUUGGAUGAAUAAGAAAAACCUUUUUUGCACAUUUGAUACACAUCACCUUAUCGGAUUUUCAGAUCUUCAGAUUUGAGUGCACCUCUAAUGAAUAUCAGCAACAGAUGGUGUCCAAAAUCAUGUGAUGGUCAACUUAUUUUUAUACAUUGCCUUUACCUUGUAUACAACACACAUUUGUUUGUAAAGGCAGCCCUAUAUGUUGUUCACAACAUAAAAUAUGUCCACUUGCCGUGUUUUCUUGCGUUCCAAGUAUUUGUACUUUUCUCUGCGUCUUUGGUGUCGUUUGGAAUGGAGAGUCGUUCGUCACAUGCUGCAUGUGUUGCAUGAUGUUGAUCAGAGAGAAGCCUAUAGGGGCUCUUGACGUGUCUAGAGGCUCGCUGCAUUGUUGUCCCCAGCCAUAGUGCCUUAUAUAUCGGCAGUCGUUUGUGUUCUACUACACUAUCUCUCUGUGUGUAUAUACAAUGUGUUUGUGUGCAUACGUGUCCUGGACUGCAGCACUUGCAAUUCAAAUCAGUCCGUGCAUUUUUUGUGUGAGCAUGUGUAUAUGUAUUACACACUGGUGUACUAUUUCAUGCAUAGAUAGGCAUCAGUGUACUGCAUUGCACAAACCACAGUGCUUAUUUUUGGAUCCAUUUGAGAUGUAGUGAGUUACAUUUUGCGUUACUUCAUCGGAAGACGGCAUGCUUUUGCUGUUGCAAAUGCUUGCUGUUGUAUUUGUUCUUAGUUGUUCAUUUUUUUGUUAUCUUAAAUUCACUAGAUGUAUAGAGAAUACAAUGAAUUUCUAUUCAGAAAAAUCUACAAAACUAACAGUAUUUGUACUGUUUAGUUAAACUGCAAUACAAUCUAUAUAGUUUGUUUUUCUUUUUUGGCUGUGUUUUUAGUUCUUUGGGUUUGCGUGUGUUUGUGUUUGCUGUGGUGGGCAUGGCUUCGACUAGAUGAAGACACAAAUGCAAAUAUCGGUCUUUGAUUCAGGGUCAUGGAUUCAUCUUAGCCUGAGCAGACCAUGCAGUAUUUGAUGUAUAGACACAUAUGAGUAUAUAUCUAAUAGAGCUA